AUUUAUAUCAUAUGUCCCAGAUCAGUAGUGAAGCUCCUCUUUCAUAUUUGCCCUUGUCCAGACUGUAGUUGCCCCUGCUGGUGUCCCCGGGUCACCUAGUAAAUCACCGCUCUUAUAUUUCAAAGGUCACAUCCACACUUUAAAGUCUUUGUGUUUAUUGCUUCAUAUUUAAUGUGACUUCAGCAAAACUGGAAAGUCCUCAAUAAUGGUUUCAGAAUGGAUGAUUGCUCGUUGCUGAUUGGUCCAAUUUGAAUUCAAAUCCAACAAUAUUUUUCCCUUUGACUCCCUUUGCUCACUCAUUGUUUCUCCAUCGACCCACUCGUAUAUAAAUAUGCUGACGCCUAAUGAGCACAUGUAUUUGCAUGCACACACCCCAGUUUCUUUGCUCCCACUCAGACAAAAGUGAGUGGGAUAAAGAAGCAAACAGUAUCUGGCGUGGGUUUGUCUCGAUAUGGCUGACAUUAAACUGACAAGGCAAUAAAUGAAUAUUCCCUCAUGUGAAAGUGGCUGUGAGCUCCGAGGGAGUGUUUGAAAGUGAAAUAGUUAUUGGAAAGAAGACAGUAGUGAAAGGGAAAAAAACAGACCCUGGCUUCAGCCUCCAGUUGGUGGUUGGUAUGUUUGCUUGUCAGGUGGAAUUUAGAUUUCCAGCGCCGCACAGUAGAAUCGUUGAAAUACAUAUAGGAUAACCUCAUAUAAACUCAUAUACUUCCCCUGUUACAACACCUGGGAUUGUUAAAUGUAUGAGGGAAUAUCUUGAGCCUGACUUGGAUUUGCACAUCUGAAAAACAACUUCACAUUUGUUUACAGAUUAGAUUGAGAAGAGCAGCAUAACAAAUGUGUGUAAUAAUGAUAUAUAUGUUUUGUAUUCAUUGAUAUUAUUUCUGGCUAUACUGUAGAACUCAGCUCUAGUAUAAAGUCACUGCGUAAUUCCUGAUUUACUGUAAAGACAAUCGUGUGCUCCUCAAAAACUGGGUCUUGACCAUAAAGCGUGGGUUCUGAGGUUUGGUGCUUUGAAAACCGUUGUUGCAAAUACCUGUUGACACGGCACAUUCUUAGCCUCUGUGGUAAUAUUACAAUAGCAUCCUACUGUACUGUGCUCAGGUUCAUCUGAGGUAUACGGUCCAGGGAUUUUCCCAGAGGUUGCUGCUGCAGAUCAAUUGUAAACAAUGCAAUAAACAUCUGUCACAUUUUAGUACACUAGACUCUGGUGACUUCCUACAGAGGCUGUCAGAAGGUUAUUUCCUGCACCACUUCCUGAGCCUCAGACAUGUCAGUACUGGGAAAUGUGGCUACCGACUUCCACCAGACCACGAUGGAGAUACUACCUCUGUCAGGGGUAGUAUUAAAGAUACUUUUUACAAACUCACUUCCAACAGUGUCCUACAUGAAAUACAGAUACAGCAAAUGAGUACAUGAGUGCCACAAAUAAUUGCAAUAGCAUAUGAGAUGAGAAUAUUGAAAGAAAAAAAGUCAACAUCAUUUUAUAAAAGAAAUGAAUUACAGAGCUACGUAGCUACCAAAAGCUAAAGGUUAUGAAAUAAUCUUGCAAAGAAUAAAACUAAAAUAAGAUAGCAAGAUAGACAGACGGACAGACAGACAGUUAGAUAGAACCUUAAUAAUCCCUCGGGAGUUCCUAUCGGGAAAUUAAAGUAUUAUUAUGUAACUAUUCCCACCAAUGUCAGUUUUCUGUCAGUCUUAUUCUGUCCACCCACAAAGGGACUUCACAUCAUCAAGGAGUCGCUCACCCCGCCCUCUUCGUUUCUCCCUCUCUCUCUUGAGCUCACCCUGGGAACAGUUCCUAGGAAGGCCACAGGAGGGCAUACAAGUCUUCCGGGCCUGGAGACUCGGGGAUCCAGUAUCUCACAAACCCUAUCUUUAAACAUUUCGUUUAUCAUUAUUUUCAAGUAAUGUUACUCAGUUACUCCGAAGAGAUGGUUUUGGAAUGGAAUUAUGUUUUCACCCAAAACAUGCCGAUCUGACACAGUAUUUUAUCAACAUAAUACAGUAGUUCUGUCGGACAAACGUUUAAUAUUUUUAUAUUUAGAUUUUCUAGGAUAAUUCUGCACCAGUUAUGACGGACUCUUUGUGUCUGUCAUUUUUAAAGGGCCAUUACCUGCCGACAUCGUUUUGUUAUCAUGGUUCAAAUUGAGCUGAUGGGGGCUAGUAUAUGUUUAAAUCUAUUUUAAAUUACAGUGUCUAUAUUAUUAUUAUUAUUAUUAUUAUCAUUAUUAUUAAAUCAAAAAUGAAAAUCACCUACUAUUUAUAUUAUUGUUAAUUUCACCACCUCCUCUGUAGCGCGGUGUAUACAUAUAUAUCUCAGGGUGACUAUAUUUAACUCCACUCGGUAAAAAACAAUUCUAUUUUUUCCCGGAGCAAAUUUAGUCAAAUCAGACUGACACAAGUUUCCGAGCUAGUGGAGCCUGAGGUCGCAGCUCGGGGAGCAAAAAUUCCGCUCAUUUGAUCUUCUGAUUUGAAUUGUGGUCAUGAGCUCUCUCUCUUUGUCUCUCUCUGUCUCUCUCCAUCUCCCCUGUCCCCCUCUCACCCUAUCUUUUUUUCUCUCUUCUCUGCUCUCUCGUUCUUCACUCAAAUCGGUAAAACUCGUCACUUUCCGAUUAUCACAGCCCGGAAUCGAAACCAAAAAUGGAGCACGGGGGUGUUACCGGAUUCAGCCUUUUAUGGUUUAUGAAGAUGGACCGGAAUUCCUCUUUUGAUUUCAGAGUGCGAUCAGAUUAACGGGAGUCCGUGCCAAAAAAAAAAAAAAAAACAUCUUUACAAUAAGACCACGUUAUUUAUAAGUUGUGGAGAGUUUCCACACAGGCACCACAGUUUGUUUAUUUGUUUGUCAGCUCACUUCCUCUUUAAGAGUUGUUUGCAUGUCGAUCAGCGCGAAGUGGAAAACUCCGAGCCGACUCUCUCCCCUGUGUAGCGGGUUCUCCACUGACAAGUGAUUCCCUUUGAAAUCGUCACGGAGCCUCUCCUCCAAUCAGCGUGAGCAGCGACACUUAGUUCUCCGCUCUGGUCGCCCCGCCUACUCCAAAUUUGGACAAUGACGUGGCGGCCGCAUUCAAAAGGUUCCCCUUAUAUACAAACUGGUGGCAGGGCCCGCGUUCCCCAUCACAGUCACCCUCCAGUUCACGCUGCGCUGAAUUUCAUUUGAGCAGACCGCAUGAAGCGCAGCAGACCCACGGAGCACAUUCACUCACAGACACUGUGGGACAUGCAUUGGUGACCCACGCAGGGCUGGAGCUCCACACUGUAGUUAAGUCACGAGUUUGGGAAGCGACAAAGAUCAGGCAGGGACAGAGGAAGAGGGAAGGCAAGUCCUCUUGUGUGCAAUGACGGCCAAAACUCUGGAGAAGGUGCCAGUGAAUCUCGGGGGGUUCGUGCACCCCGUGGCUGACAGCGUGUACUCCGUGGAUGACAUCGCAGCCAGCAUGCCCACCUCUGUGUCCAUUUUCCCCAGCACAGACUUGGGAGCUCACUACGACCAGAUGAAUGUGGCAACAGAUGCUUUGAUGAGCGCAGACAUGAGCGCAGAGAAACGCUGUCUGGACCUCUCUCCUUACUCCGGCGGCUUCUCUCAGCCCGCGUCCCACCGCAACCAGACCUUCACCUACAUGGGCAAGUUCUCCAUCGACUCCCAGUAUCCUGGAAACUGGAACCCCGAGGGAGUCAUCAACAUUGUCUCGGGCAUCUUUAACGUGGCCCAGCCGCCUCCUCCUCCACCUCCUCCCUCCUCUUCAGCGUCCUCCUCACCCGUGUCCUCUGGAUCUCCCGGCCACUUCUCCAACGGAAAUUUGAGUUGCACCAUGGCGGCUCCAAACCCGGCAGAGAUGGACCAUCACCACCACCACCUGUAUUCUCCUCCGCCUCCUUACUCCUCCUCAGGCUGCGGGGAGAUGUACCAGGAUACCUCCGCAUUUCUGUCCACUUCCACCUGUCCCAUCACCUCCUACCCGCCGCCCUCCUACUCCUCACCCAAACCACCCGUCAGCUCAGACGCUCCGGGUCUGUUCCCCAUCCUCCCAGAUUACUCUGGCUUCUUCCAGCCUUCCUGUCAGCGGGACAUGCACACAGCCAGUAUCCAAGAUCGGAAACCAUUUGGCGCAUGUCCACUAGAUUCCUUCCGUGUGCCUCCACCUCUGACCCCACUGAACACUAUCAGGAACUUUACGCUUGGAGGUCCAGGUGGUGGUGUUGGUGGUGGCUCCGAGGGGGGUCCACCGAGGCUCCCGUCUGCCUACAGCCCACAGAACUUACCCCUGAGGCCGAUCCUGCGGCCCAGAAAGUACCCGAACAGACCCAGCAAGACGCCCAUCCAUGAGCGACCAUACCCGUGUCCGGCGGAGGGCUGCGACCGACGGUUCUCCCGCUCCGAUGAACUGACCCGACACAUCCGCAUCCACACCGGACACAAGCCCUUCCAGUGCCGGAUAUGUAUGCGCAACUUCAGCCGCAGUGACCACCUCACCACGCACAUCCGCACGCACACGGGUGAGAAGCCCUUCGCCUGCGACUUCUGCGGGAGAAAAUUCGCCCGAAGCGACGAGAGGAAGAGGCACACUAAGAUCCAUCUUAGGCAGAAGGAGAGGAAGUCGUCCAACGUCUCCUCGUCGUCCUCCUCCUCCUCGUCCGGCAGCACCGGGAUGGAGCGGCAGUCAAGCGGAAUCAGCGCAAACAACGGGCUCUGCCCUUAGUUUAAAAACUUUAAUACUGUGACUGCGUGACGCAAACUAACACCCCACGAAGAAAAACAGCAUCAAACAAACAAAAACAAGAAAACUUAAUAUAAAGCUGUUUAGAACUAAAUUGCAGUUUGGAAAUGGCCAAGAACUUGUGCAGCCGUGCGUAAUUACGCACAAACUUACCCCUGCUCCAACACUGACCAAGACUGACACAAAUGCACUUUGCCUGCACAGUCUACUGAAUAUAUAAGUGAAUAUAAUCAUGCAACGAUGAAGAAUUGUCUAAAAAGCGGUUGAAAAGGAGGGAGUGGGGAGGUUAAAAUUGACGCGCAAAAGGCACUGGACGAGUUUAAAUGUGAAAUAACCGCAAUAACAGUGUGAAAAAAAAACAGUUUUAAAUUAUUUAAAUUGACCAAGUUUCAUUCUAAUAUGUUUGUUUGACCUUAUUUUCCUCCUUUGGUGCCUUGUUGCGUGUUCUUUUUGUACAUUGAUUCACAUUGUAACAAAUGGUGUUUAUUUGUCUUUAAUAUUGUACAGCUGAGACCUAUAUUUUUGUAUGCAUUUUGGUGUAACUCAGAGUGUGAAGGCGUUGUAGUUCACGUUGUAAAAAACACGUUGGGAGUUGUUGGACUUCCGACUUGACCGUUUUUUGUUUGUGAAGUGUGUUAUUAAAAUCUAUGAUGCUAAAAAAAAGCACAAAAAAAGAAAAGAAAACACGCUUUAUCACUUUCAUGUGUCUCCGUCACAGUGGAACAGGAAGUGCCACAAAGGGGUUGAAGGAUAUUCGUUUCCUUUGCAUUUCUGCAGAUGAACGCGCUCGUAGAUCACACGAACUUGGAAAAAUGUGUUAGGUAAAUUCCAAAUGACGUCACACCUGGCGCAUCUGACUCAAGGUUUGUUGCCCACGCACUUUUAAUCAAGUUGGCUUUGUUUAAGCAAAAAGAAAAGUGAGUUAAUUGAAGUUAAUGAUGUAUUUUUUAAAGUGUUUAUUUGUCAUUUAAUAAGUAACAAGUUCACCUUUAGGUUUAUAUCAUAGGUUGGUGUUGUUUACCUGUUGCUGCAAAAACUGCAAAAAUAUAUUUAGCUUAAGUUGAAAAAAAAAAAAGUCAAAUAACUCCCGGAUUCCUACUCAUUAUUUUAAUACACUGUUUCGAUUCAUUCGUGU